AAGAGGUGAUGUUUACAAUUUCUUUACGUUCCGUCAUGCCCGUUAGGCACGGCGUAUUAUCUUCAUCGAGUUCAUGGGGUCUCUCUCUCUCUAUUUUUCUAAAUUUGGCAUUUAUCAUUUUUUAUUAGACGGCCGUCUACUAAUAUAUAUAUGGUCUUUUUUCUCCCUGUAAAUUUCCGCACUCAAAACAUGAUGUCCAACAUUAUUCCAAAGCUUAUAAUGCUAUUACUUGUUCCAUUGCUAUGUGUUUUCACAGUUUGCUUAGCCAUGACAACAAGAAACAUCACCACGGAUGAGGUAGCUCUUCUUGCCCUGAAAUCCAGCAUCACCGAUUUACCUUCCCAUCAUAUUUUGGCUCAUAACUGGACGGUUAUUGGUUCCUCGGUUUGUGAUUGGAUUGGCGUCACCUGCGGGUCCCGGCACCGGAGAGUGACAGCAUUGGAUCUUUCCGAGAUGAAUCUCGGCGGCACCGUACCUCCCCACCUCGGGAAUCUGUCCUUUCUUGUGUCUCUCAACCUGAGGGCAAACAAUUUCCACGGAGAAUUACCCCAAGAGCUUUCGCUGUUGCGCAGACUUAAAUCCCUUAAUUUGGGCGACAACAGUUUCAGCGAACAAUUCCCGUCCUGGAUUGGCUCGCUUCAAUCCCUCGAAUACUUGUCCUUGUGGAACAACAGCUUCACCGGCGUGAUCCCGCCGUCCAUCUCUAACAUGUCGGCGUUAUCGACGUUAAGUCUUUCCCACAACGAUCUGCAGGGAAACAUUCCGACAGUGAUCUUCAAUAUGUCCUCCCUCCAAAGGAUUGCUUUGAGUUACAUUGGGUUUUCAGCUGGUUCGCUUCCGGAUGAUAUGUGUCAGCAUCUUCCGAGGCUCGUACAUGUUGAUUUCGGACAUGUGGGAUUAAUCGGUCGAAUCCCAUCGAGCAUCGGACUAUGUUCACAGCUUCGGCGGCUGUACCUUCCUUUCAACUCGCUUACUGGAGAGAUACCUAAACAAAUUUCCAACUUGAAGUGGCUGCAGGUGUUGGCUCUUACAAUGAACAUGUUAGAAGGUACGAUCCCGAAAGAAAUUGGAAAUAUGUCCAUGCUGCAGGAAGUAUAUCUGGACCAGAACAACCUGACAGGUAUUAUUCCAGAAGAAAUCAGUAAAUUAUCCAAUGUUCAAAUCAUCGUUGCACAGGUGAACAAGUUAACUGGUUCUAUUCCAGUGGACAUCUUCAACAUUUCAACCAUAAGAAUAAUAGCUUUCGGUGUGAAUAACCUUUCUGGUAAUCUUCCGUCAACGAUGUGCUACACCCUUCCAAAUUUACAAGGAAUUUACGUAAGCACUAAUAGCAUUAGUGGAGUUAUACCCAAAUCUAUCUCAAAUUGCUCAAAUAUUCAGGUUCUUGAACUUGCAAAAAACAAUUUCACUGGCCUUAUUCCCAACUCCUUAGGAGACCUUUCAUUACUUCAAGGCUUGCAUCUCCAUGACAACAAUUUAAUGAGUGAUCAUUCCUCUCCUGUAUUAAACUUCAUAACCUCAGUGGUUGGUCUCAAACAUGUGGUAGAAAUUAAUCUGGGAAACAAUCCACUUGAUGGCAUUUUGCCUUAUUGGUAUCGAAAUCUUUCUUCUACCCUUGUACGCAUAUAUGCUUACAAUUGUAAUAUUAGGGGUACCAUUCCGAGUUGGGUUGGAAAUUUAAGCAGCUUAAGCACAUUAAGCCUUCAUUACAAUCACCUGAUUGGAUCUUUACCAAAUUCAAUUGAAAACAUGCAGAACCUUCAAAUUAUGGAUCUUCUUAGGAACAAAAUUAAUAUUUCUCUUCAACUCUUUUGUCCUAGUAAGAAGCUAGGGUUUCUAGAUCUAAAACAUAAUCUUAUUAAUGAGGGUGCAAUUCCAUAUUGUUUCGGGAAUAUUACUUCUAUGAGGUAUUUACUUCUCAGUUCCAGCGGACUAAGCUCAAACCUACCAGCAAGUAUAUGGAACCUGAAAGAUUUAUUGGAGCUUAACCUUUCUUCAAAUUCGUUAACGGGUUUUCUACCUCUUGAAAUCAAUCAAUUGAAAAACGCGUAUAUGAUGGAUUUUUCCAACAAUUCCAUCUCAGGCGAUAUUCCUAGCACUAUAGGAGAUCUUGAAAGCAUGCAGAGUCUUUUUUUAGCGCAUAAUCAAUUACAAGGACAAAUUCCUGAGACAUUUGGUAAAUUGUUGAGUUUGAAAGAAUUGGAUCUUUCAUACAACUCUUUAUCUGGUUUCCUCCCAAUGUCAUUGGAAAAUCUGCAAGAUCUUUCAUUCCUCAAUGUGUCAUUUAACAACUUGAGUGGAAAAAUUCCGCCAGGAGGCCCUUUUACCAACUUGACAGCUAAAUCUUUCAUUUCAAAUCAUGAAUUAUGUGGAGAGGAAAGAUUUCACGUACCACUAUGCCCAAAUCUAUCCACCGAUCACCAUGGUAUAAGUAACAGAAGAAUGCAUAAAAUUGUAAUAGUUUUGGUUGUGGCAAUAUUAGUUGGUAUGAUAAGCUUGUGGUUCAUAUGGUUGAAGUGUAAAAGGAAAGAUAGAGGAACAAAUAAUGAUCAUGAAGAUGUGUCUUUGGUUACAUGGAAAAGAAUAUCAUAUUACGAACUUCUAAGGGCAACAGACGGAUACAGUCAAGAUAAUUUGUUGGGUAGUGGAAGUUUUGGAUCUGUAUACAAAGGUACCCUUCAAGAUGGUGAGAUUGUGGCUAUCAAAGUAUUCAAUCUCCAAUUAGAAAGAUCAUUCAAGAGUUUUGACAAGGAAUGCGAGAUAUUGCGCAACCUUCGCCAUCGAAACCUAACAAAAGUCAUCAGCGGCUGUUCUACACCUGACUUUAAGGCAUUAGUUCUUGAGUACAUGCCAAAUGGAAGUCUUGACAAGUGUUUGCAUUCAAAGAAUAAAGUUCUCAAUCUUACACAGCGAUUGGACAUACUGAUUGAUGUCACGUGUGCUUUACUAUAUCUUCACAAGGGUAAUUCGACGCCGGUUGUCCACUGUGAUCUUAAGCCUAGUAAUGUCCUAUUAGAUCAAGAGAAGGUUGCAAAAAUAAGUGAUUUUGGCAUUUCAAAAUUGCUAGGUUUGGAAAAUAGUAUUACAUACACUGACACUUUAGCCACACUUUGUUAUGCCGCCCCGGGUAAGGUUUUCUUUAAUUUUCUUUUUUUCCUUUUCCUAUUUAUCAAGUUGCACUUUUCAACUUUCUGUUUUUAUUAAAAGCUUUUAAUGAUUAAAUUGAUCAUAUCAAUUGUUUCCUUCAUAGAGUAUGCCUCACAAGGUUUAGUGUCGACAAGAUGCGAUAUCUAUAGCUUUGGGAUCAUGGUGAUGGAAAUUAUCACGGGAAAAAGUCCCGAUGACAAAACAUUUGAUGAAAAUUUGAACCUGAAAAGUUGGGUGGAAGAGGUCAUACCCGAUAAAUUAGUUAAUGUUAUCGAUGUUGAUUUGCUAUCAACAUUAAAUAAGCACCUUCCCGAAAUAAUUUCUAUAAUUUCAUCAAUCAUGGAUAUUGCAAUGUCUUGUACAUAUGUGUCUCCAAGGGAAAGAAGCACCAUAGAAGAAGUUCUUGCAAGUUUGAAUAAGAUCAAGGUUCAGCUAAUGCUGCUUACAAAUGAUUAAAAGGUAAAUAUUUUUUAAAUAUUGCAUUUAAUUACACACAAAGUACCACCAAAUUACUUACUUUAUUCAUUCAAGCAUAGAAGUUAAAAAUAUUACUUUAUGUCACCAAAACAAAAUAGUGGCACCAUUCAGUUUUCAACAGGAUUUCGGCAAAAAACUAACAUUAAACUCUUUAGUCACGUGAGCCACCAGCUUUAAUAGUGCGAAAAAAAAAAUUUAAAAAAAAAAAUUGGGAUGUUAGGAUUUGUGUUAAAUUAGUUGAAAAUUGAGAAUAAUUUUUUAGAUUCAUUUUUUCAGUCUAUAAACUCUGAAAAUGGUCGAAUAAGGAGGUGUCAAUGGGGCGAAUUUCUGUGGGGUGCUUUAAUAGAAGAGGAAAGCAACAAAAGGAAGGCAGAAUGAGAAUUGGGAAAGAUAGAAAGAUCUCAAGGUAGCAAGAAAUCGGGCAAGGUCGAAAAGGAACGAUGAAGGAUACGGAUAUGGAUUGAUGGCGAAUUACAGUGAUGACGAAUCUUAAGGGUCAGUUGAAUCCGAUUUUUUGUCCAGAAUCAUAAGGGUCUCGUUGGGCUUUAUUGUUUUCUUUGGACUAAACUUUGUUUGUUGUGUUCAGUAAUUAAACUUCAGAGUUGGAAGUACACAUUGACAAACAUAUGGAAAAAAAUGUCGUUCCUACCCAAAGCUUUUCCCUCGUCGUCAAUCAUACCCAAUAAAUUUUCGGUUAGCCAACUUUAUCCUAAUGUUUGAAAUUUUCGCCAAUUGUGUCCGAUCGGUCCAUUUUCCGUCCAAAUUAACGUAUCUCCGUUGGUUUUUUAAUAAAAUAAUAACUUCAAUUACAAAAACACCCAAGUAAUUUUUAAAAAAUUUAAAAAUAACCCCUAAAAUAUAUAACAAUAACAAAACAGUCUCUUUUCACUUUUUUAUUUUAUUUUUCUCUAUUUUGUUUCAUUUCUCUGAACUACUUUUAAUGACCAUAAAAGUCUAUUAUAUGAGU